AUGGCUGAGAAAGUAGUAGCUGAGAAAUACCACCAAUUGGAACCAGCAACUGGCCACUCCGGAGGUGAUCAUGAAGCUUCAGCCACGAUGCAAUCCGAGGAGCUCAAACGCCAGAAGAGAAUUAAGAUGUACAAAUACAUUGGCAUUUUCAUCGUCUUUCAAAUCGUAGUCAUGAGCGUUUUUGGUAUGACUGUGAUGAAAGUUAAGUCCCCAAAAAUCAGGUUGGGCAACAUCUAUGUCCAAAGUCUCAACUCCGUCCCGGCGGCACCUUCAUUCGACAUGAGCUUCGUAACCCAAAUCAGAGUCAGGAACUUAAACUGGGGUACCUAUAAGUUUAAUGCCGGCAUGGCCACGUUUAUGUACCAAGGUGUGCCCGUUGGGCAAGUUGCUAUUCCGAAUAGCAAAGUUGGAAUGCGGUCCACGAAAAAAAUUGAUGUUGUGGUGAGUGUGAAUUCUGCAGCAUUGCCGAGCAACUCCGCUCUUGGAAGUGAGCUGAGCAAUGGGCUGCUGAUGUUGAGCAGUCAAGCCAAGUUGAGUGGAAAGGUUACGUUGAUGAUGAUCAUGAAGAAAAACAAAUCUGCUGAAAUGGGCUGCUCUAUGGUGUUUAAUUUGGCAGCAAAGUCUGUCCAAAAUUUGGAUUGUAACUGA